AUGCAUCUUCGGCUGGCUGGCAUAUUGCCGCUGAUUGCAGCUCUUGCAGCAUCACCGGGCACCAGCAAGUCAGCACUCUGCGCAACGGAUCAUGCCAAGAAAAGCACGCCAGCUCCCAUUCGCGGACUACUCGCGUCUCUUCGGUCGAUAGGCAGCACUGUGAGGUCAGAUCUCGCUUUCACCAGGAGGUCAGGCGGCGGCACAGCUGUACACGCUUCCGCAGACAUAUACCCUGGAGAGGUUCUGUUCAGGAUUCCUCAGUCUGCCCUUCUGUGGCGCGGUGCACAUUUGGGAAUCGCAGUGGUCCAGGCAGGCCACCUCACAGACGCCGAACGUUUAGUACUGGCACUUGCGGCAAUCAAGAAGCGUCUUCAAACACCGCCGCCUCCAAUCGAAGCAUAUGGGGCAUUUCUACGGGAGGAACCACUACCAAACGCCACCAUCUUGUGGAGGACAGAAGUCCUGGCUUGGCUGAAAGGCACAGAAGCGGCUGAAUUGACUGAGCAUUUCCUUCGACGAAUAGCCCAAAUUCAUGCUGCUGCACCGCUUCUUUUGGAGCAUGACGACAUCAAGGCUGCCUUCGCGCAAUACUAUUCGCGACAUGGAAGUUUGCCAUUGGGCCAACGUGGUGCAGCAGAGCCAGUGAUGAUCCCGGGCAUUGAUUUCUGUCGCCGUAAAGAUGGCGGCCUGAAGCCGGUACUGAGGAAUGGCGACGUUGAACUUCUGACGACAGAGACCAUCAACGCAGGGGACGAGAUUUUCGUUGACUUCGGUGUUCGUGACCACACAGACCUCAUUGUGCAGGGAGCCCCGGACGAUCCUGAUGCCGGCAUUCUUCUGCCAGUGCCUAUAGGCACCGGGCCUGCUAACAAAUGGAAGCGUCGCCUCUUCGAGCACCUGCGUUGGCCGGCCGAGGUUUUGCUUCGGAACGGCGUAGUCCAGGAUCAAAGGCCUCUUCGCCUUGCUGCAAUGCCUCGUGAAGAGUUCACGGCUUGGUCUGUUGGAGCGCUGGUCGCCGGGGCGCCGCUUGCAGUAUCACGUGCCUUCCGCACGGAGACACAGGCCAAUGCAUACUUGGUCGCAGAGUGCUCUAAGCGCGGUGCAACUGCGAGGUCACCUCUCAGCGACCAGAACGGGCAGAACCAGAAGGCUUCGGCCUCCGUAGCCAGGUAUCGCGACCGGCUUGUCGAGGGCUACAGUCUGUGCAAGCUGCGAGCUGAAGAGAAGCUGCGGAAGCUUCAUAUGUGGGCGAUGAGGCAGCAUGACUGGGUGUUUCGUUUCGUGCACCAGGCAGUUCACAUCACUGAUAAACUGCCGCGAAAGAUCGGAAUUCAGAUGAAUGCGCUAUCGCACCCUGCCGCUGCAUCGGACCAGAACUAUAUGGCGAGCAUGACUGUGGCCUUGGUGAAUGCCAAGGUCGCCAACUUUGUCCCAUAUUUCAAUACGUUGCUGCAGGUUGCUGCAUCACCACGGGAGCUUGCCAAGAUCCGAAGGCUUUCGAACGUGAUGGCUCUCCUCCAAGGUACAUCGUGUGAUGAAGUUGAUCUAUCAGACUUCGACUGGAUCAACGGAUUGCAAGGUAAGGAUGCAAUUGGAGCACUGAAGUACUUGCUUCCCGAAAUGGAGAGUCUUGCACAGGAGUACAAGAUUGCAGCUGACCUUUGA